AGGUGACAUUUGUCAAAGUCAGCAUAAAAAUUGCUAACCUGCUCUUUGAGCAGUUUGAGUGGAGGUUUUUUUAUAGAAUAAAUGAAAAUAUAUUGCAUCGCUAGAAAUACAUAUAAAUAAUUCAAAGAUCUCAUGAAAUAUAUUUACAUUUCAAGUGUAUAUUUAAGAUCGGCAUAAGUUAAUUUUUGGGUAGGUAGUGAGCACCGGUGAAAUUGUGAUCAUGGCGAACCCGUCAUCAGGCGUUGUGGUUCCUAGAAAUUUUCGACUUCUAGAAGAACUUGAGCAAGGUCAGAAGGGAGUGGGCGACGGCACAAUUUCUUGGGGUCUCGAAAGCGAUGAUGAUAUGACCCUGACUCACUGGACUGGCAUGAUAAUUGGUCCUCCAAGGACUCCUUAUGAAAAUAGGAUGUAUUCUCUUAAAAUUGAAUGUGGAACUCGAUACCCAGAUGAACCUCCUACUGCUCGAUUCAUUUCUAGAAUCAACAUGAACUGUGUCAACAGCCAGACUGGUCUUGUGGAUAACAGGCAAGUUCCAAUUCUCGCAAGAUGGCAACGUGACUAUACUAUCAAGACAGUUCUUCAAGAACUGAGACGUCUUAUGACUCUUAAAGAAAAUAUGAAGCUUUCUCAGCCCCCAGAGGGAAGCACUUUUUAGUUAUUCACAUAAUAAACAUGUUUUAAUAACCCAAUCUGCUCCUACUUUGCUAAAUUUUAGGAUAUUAUAUUACAUUCAUUUAUAUAAGUCCAAUAAUAUUAUAGUUAUUAAUAUGUGGCAUAGUUUUCAGUAAUGUUAAAUAUGCUAGUAUGUGUAAUAUUUGUCUUCAUGCAUUUAUUGUAAUUUUUUUUAUUUUAAAUAAUUCAUAAAGCAACUUGUUUGCUUCUAAGUCUAUUGUACUUGCAGUGGGUUGGGUGGAAAGUUUCUUGUAUUCACUUAAAAAUAGCUUUUAAUUACCCAUAUAGAGGGUAAUACCUGUUUAUUUAACUCUACCUAAAUUAUUGUGGCCUUUUUAAAAGUCAAACUUGCUUUCUAUGAUUAAGACUAGAUUUACUGAUAUCAAGAUUUUUGGUAAAUGAUUUUAAUGGCUUUACUUAUGAACAAAGAAAUAUUCUAAAUGAAAAUCUUUUGUUUAUAUAUAGAGCCAUAAAUCAAUAAUAAUUAAUACACAUAAACUUUAAUUCAAGUUAUGUUUAUCAAAGUAUAAUCUCACAAUAUGAAUAUUUUUUUUUCUUAGUUAAAAUGAAGUGUAAAAUAUUUUAGGAAAUUUCUUAGAGGCAUAAGAUGAAGUACUACUGUUUCACUAUAUAAGGCUUUUCAUUAUAUGGAUGUUCCACAUAAAAACCACAAUAAGUAAUAGAGUCAAAUCAUUAUCCAUAUAGCUUGGCAAAUUAUCAAUAUAAUUGCGUGAUUUCGUUGUUACAAACCAGAAGGCUAAGUCAAAUUGAUUCAUAGCAUUAAUAUUUUUACCAAUGUAUAACUAGCAAAGGUAAAUAAAAUCAAAUGAUACUGUAAUUGCA